ACAACCUAAACUACUUUGACCGUAACUCAGAUUUCCUCACAAAGCAGUCUCCAUCGUCUUCUUCUCUACUUAAAGUCGAUACAUCACCAUUUCCACACACAUACAGACACAUACAAUGAAGCAUGUAUUCCACCCACUCCUGUUGUUCUUCGUGUGCAUCACAAUUUCGUCAUCUGCACAAGAUUCGCUACAAAACCCGGAUUUCGAAAGCCCUCCAGCAGCCAUUAAUAUAACCUCCCAAGUCUUCCUCCUCACCAAAGCAAACUCCAUCCCAGGAUGGUCGUUCAACGGUACAGUCUGGUACCUUACGUCCAGCGCUAACUCGUCGUUUAAGGCCAGGGACGGCCACGCAGUCCGGCUGGGCGAAAACGGCAGGAUCAACCAAACACUUAGAGGCACAGCAGAUGGCUACUGGGAUCACAUUCUCAGCUUCAAUCUUGCUGCGCUGAAUGAGGGCUGUGCUGCUGAUAGUCCUGCAGCCGUUAACGUUUCGGUUCUUGAAACGUGGAAGGUGAUCUUCUUGGGAAGGAAUUUGAGCAGAGAUAUGUGGGAGAGGCAUGCGUUCUACAUGGGGGGGUGGGGAAGAGGGGACUCUGUCAAUCUUGAGAUUGCGAGUGUGGCAUCAACCUCAGGGCGGAACGGUAGCAGCUGCUGGCCUGUGGUGGAUGCGUUUACUGUGAAAAGGAAUGGGAUGCCUAGAUGGUAUGAAGGUAACAUGCUCGCCAAUGGAGGUUUUGAGGUUGGACCAGCAUUCUUGAGCAACUCCUCAGACGGAAUUCUACUAAACGAUGAACCAGACAGACUCGUCUCCCCACUCCAACAAUGGGCCGUGCUCGGAACCAUCAAAUACAUCGACUCCAAACACUACAAAGUCCCUCAAGGCAAAGCAGCAGUGGAGCUGCUCUCCGGGGCUCCAUCUGGGAUCCAAGUAGACCUAAAACUACCCACGACAUUCACCUCCUACACUUUGAACUUCACAAUGGGGGACGCCAAUGACUCGUGUGUAGGAGACUUCAUAGUCUACGUACAAACAGGAGAAGAUGUCCACAACUUCACCAUGCGAAGCAAUGGAACAGGAUCAGCUUCCCGUCAUUCUGUAAGAUUUAAGGCUGAAUCAUCAAAGGAGACUUCUGUAAGGUUUUACAGUUUCAACGAGACGAGGGCGAGUGAUGGCGUGCUCUGUGGCCCUAUUCUUGACAACAUAGUUCUUGUAGGUUCGUAUGGAGAGAGGAUAGAAUUGUGCAGUGGGGUUUUCAUUUUCAGCUUGUUUAUUGCUUUGGUGAUGCUUGUAGCUUAGGAUGGUAGCAUGGGAGGCGAUAAGUUGUCUGGAAACGA